AUGAAUUUAUUACAAUGGCAUGGUCCUGCAGUAAAAAAGCUUCUCGGCUGGAAACAAGGAGACGAAGAAGAGAAAUGGGCCGAGCGAGCGAUCGACUCUUUGGUGAAAAAGUUAAAGAAAAAGAAAAAAGGAGAUGGCGAGGGAACGGUUGAAGAUCUUGAAUGGGCAUUAGCGAAUCCAUCGUCUACAAGUCGAUGCGUGACGAUUCCGAGAAGUCUUGAUGGCCGUUUACAGGUUUCUCAUAAAAAGGGCUUACCACAUGUGAUUUAUUGCAAAGUUUGGCGAUGGCCCGAUCUGCACAGCCACCAGGAGCUCAGAGCUGCACCCGAGUGCCAGUACCCGUUCGAGGGACAACGCACACACAUUUGCAUCAAUCCCUACCAUUAUCAUCGGGUCGAAACGACGCCUAGGGUGCUCUCAUCCUCAUCAUCAUCUGCUUCCCAAUCGCCUCCACUCAACCAAUUCCAUUUCAGCCAUCCACCCAUUGAUGUGCCCGGCUCGUCGAGCUCCUAUCAAACUCCCUCACCACCAAAUUAUCAAAGCUCAGCCUCAUCAAGAUGUUCUGUGUCACCUCCAUAUCCCGGACUUUAUGGACCAUCGCCCCAGAUGACUUACUCAAACGGUGGUUCUCCUGUGGGUUUCCUGGCGCAUAGUCCCGCACUUUCCGAUGACGAUGAGUGUCGGCCGACAAUUUCCCCUCUCGAGAACCUCUGGCCACCGCCGCCUUUCUGGGCAACGAUCAACUACUACGAGUUAAAUACCCGAGUCGGAGAACAGUUUCGGGUGUAUCACCCAGAGAUCACCGUAGACGGUUUCACCGAUCCCUCGCAAGACGAUCGCAUUUGUCUUGGUUUACUCACAAAUGUCAAUCGAAAUACCACUAUAGAGAAUACACGAAAACAUAUCGGAAAAGGAAUUCGGCUCACCUAUUCGAGUGAUACGAAUCUCAGUGUCACGAACUACUCGACGUCAGCAAUCUUUGUGCAAUCACGUCUUUGUAACUGGAAAAUGAAUUUGCGUCCACAAGCCGUACUCCGGGUUCCACCCACGGUGAGCACAGUGAUUUUCGAUAAGCAAAUUUUUGCCUCAAUGCUCCACAAUGCCCGUCAGGGUGGCUAUGAAAAUCUCUACGAUUUACAGAAAAUGUGCUUUAUUCGGAUAUCGUUUGUCAAGGGUUGGGGAGAGGAUUACCCGAGACAGGACAUCACUUCAACACCAUGCUGGAUCGAGCUUACCAUGCAUACUCCGCUUGCGUGGAUUGAUCAAUACCUCCAGACUGCCGGGAAGCCGAAUGCCAAAGUGACAUCAUUUUCU